AUGGCUUCGUGGAAGUCGUGGAUUGUGGCGGAGAAAGCACGGAGAUGUUUAAGGACGAUGUUCUUUGUGGCAGCAAUGACGGCGUCUCUAUUAGCUUCUUCGUUGCCUGUUCUGAUCACGGUGGCUGAUGUGGUGGUUCCUUCUAUCGUCUCCGGCGUCACGUGCCUCACGUGCCACUCCGCCGCAGAGCAUCUUCAUCAGUAUAGUUUCAAGAGCUCUUUCAUUGAUGUACCACUCGUCACUCUACUCAGAUCUCUCGCCAUUAUCUGUCUCUCUUGGCUUUGUGAAGACACAAGAUUAGCUUAUGGUCUUUAUCUUGAAACAGUGAUGUCACUUUCCUUUGGAGGGAUUCUUCUUCUUUUUGUUAAAGCUUGUGUUUUCACUGUGAGUUCUCAUCUGGAAGCAAAGGUCUAUUACUUCAAUAUCUCAUGGGUGAUGCCGGUUUUGUUACUAUCAUCAGCGGUUUUCGGUUUAGCUCAUGUCGUGGUAGCUUAUCAAACAAGUUGUGGAGCUAGAAGGAAGCUCAUGUACCACAAAAUUGACCAAGAAGCUGUUCUCACAUGUAAAUCUGGUUUCUCGGGUUACAAGAAGGCUUAUCGUCAAUCAUUCACUAGAUCAAACUACAAAAUCUUAAGCUAUUCCGGUGAAUUUAGACAAAACUCUUUCAGGGGAGACAGAGAAGAGUUACAACCAAGACUUCUUGCAAAUGCAGACAGUUUAUUCAUCAAGAUCCAAGGCUUAAGUGUGCAUUACAAACAGUGUGAUUCACCGGCUAAUACUUCCUCCAUUCUUGUAAGCAGCUCUGCAGUUGAUGUGAAUGCCAGAAGGCUGAGACUACUAGACAAGCAGAUGUCAAACUUAAUCUCUCAAACUCAAAGCAAUCAGUUGCAUCGAAGCUACACCAUUCAGCCCGAUAGAUCCUCUUUAUAUGAUCCUCUGUUAGCGAAUUAUCCAACUACUCCCAUUAGCUUGUUCAACAAGGAUGAUAUGAAUCAAACGGAUUCUAUGAAUCUUGGGGAAGAUUUGGAGAGGAAUGGAGAUGUUGGUAUAGUUCUAGUCCAUGGAUUUGGAGGAGGAGUCUUCUCUUGGAGACAUGUAAUGGGAGAAUUGUCUCUUCAGCUCAGUUGCAGAGUCGUUGCAUAUGACCGGCCUGGUUGGGGACUGACCUCUAGACUUAUCCGGCAAGAUUGGGAAGAGAGGAAUCUAGCUAACCCUUACAAGCUCGAAAGCCAGGUCGAUCUACUACUUUCUUUUUGUACCGAGAUGGGUUUUUCGUCGGUGGUACUCGUUGGCCACGACGAUGGUGGCUUGCUUGCUCUCAAGGCAGCAGAAAGAGCACAAGCCUCUACCUUCAAAUGCAGUAUUACAAUCAAAGGGGUGGUUUUGAUAAACGUUAGCUUAUCAAGAGAAGUAGUUCCUGGCUUUGCAAGGAUACUUCUUCAUACAUCACUCAGGAAGAAGCACUUGGUGCGUCCUUUGUUGCGAACCGAAAUAACUCAAUUGGUAAACCGGCGUGCAUGGUGUGACACCACCAAGCUAACCACUGAUGUCAUAAUGCUCUACAAGGCUCCUCUAUGUUUAGAAGCUUGGGAUGAAGCAUUCAAUGAGAUAAGCAAGUUAUCAUAUGAGAUGAUACUUUCACCUCAAAAUGCGUCAACUCUGUUGAAAUCCAUGGGAGAUCUUCCAGUCUUAGUUGUUGCCGGAGCUGAGGAUGCUCUUGUUCCUUUGAAAUCUUCACAAGCUCUUGCUUCUAAGCUCACCAAUUCUAGAUUUGUAGCCAUAUCAGGAUGCGGACAUUUGCCACAUGAGGAGUGUCCUACAACACUUGUUAACGCCCUCGGUUCCUUCAUUUGCAGACUGAUACCUAAACUACCAAACUCCUAAAAUUAUCUCAAAG